AGUAUUCUGAAAGCAGGCUUAUUUUCAAACGUAGGUAUUUUGGUGCUGCUGCUACUCAGAAACUGAAAGCUUACCAAAAGAUGUCAGGACCAAAGAGUGAAGGCGUUAACAAACCAUCUUCACUGCUUAAACAGUAUGAAAAUGACGAAAUUUUUAGUAUGCUUGGUCGCCGUUGUGUGACUCUAGCGACAUCCGUAGCCCAGCUAUAUAUUGCACCGCCUGAAAACCGUAGAGCAUGGAAGAAGAAAGUUACAGGAGUAAUUUGUUUUGUGAAAGACAACGUGAAGAGAUCAUACUUUCUUCGAAUGUACAGUCUUGUGACAAAGUCGUUAGAAUGGGAACAGGAGUUGUACAACCAGUUCAAAUAUACUCGUGCUCAGCCUUAUUUCCACGCUUUCGCCGCUGAUAGUUACAAUGCUGGUCUAAAUUUUGCAAAUGCUGAAGAGGCCCAGAACUUUAUCAAUGUGAUUGAAAAGAAGCUGAAGGACAAGGAACAGAGACGCCUAGAAAGAAAAAAGGAGAAUGCCUCAAGGCAUGGCAAGCAGCCUGCUCCGCCCCCUGCAGUAGGGGGGAAUGUGGACAUUGGAAAGAGGAGUUCUUUACAGGCCAAUGAUAACUUUAGCAAUAUGAGUCAUUCAUCAUCACAGACAAGUCUUUCCUCCGUGGAUGGUGGUCCUGCUCUGUCUCGGAAAAAGAGCAAAGACAGAAAAGACAGCAAAAGUAAUGCAUCAAACAACAAGAAAAACACCAAGAAAAGGAUUACCAAAGAUGACAUUGGAAAACCAGAGAACUUCCAGCACAUUGGACAUAUUGGCUGGGAUCCACAAGGUGGAUUUGAUGUUGAUAGAUUGGAUGAUAAAUGGAAAGAUCUGUUUUCUCUAGUUGGUGUUACUGCUGAACAAAUGCAGAAAAAGGAAACGAUGGACUUCAUCUAUGAUUUUGUCGAAAAGAGAGGAGGAAUUGACAAUGUUAGACGUGAAAUAGAGAAGGAAAAAGCUACGGAACCACCUCCACCAGCUCCACCAGCACCAUCCAGAGGACAGUCAAGAGGACCCCCACCACCCCCUCCCCCCUCACGUGGAGCCCCACCACCACCCCCAGCAAGGAUAGGAAAUGCCCCACCACCACCCCCUCCAUCCCGUGGUGGGCCUCCACCACCCCCUCCCUCACGUGGAGGCUUACCACCACCACCCCCUCUUUUCAGGGCACCACUUCCUCCUGCAGGGGUACCUCCGCCUCCUGCCCCACCUCCUCCUCCACCAAUGGGUGGUGCACCUCCUCCACCUCCACCAAUGGGAAGAGGUGGCCCUCCGCCUCCUCCUCCCCCCAUAGCUAGCGGUGGUGGCCCGGGUCGUGGAGCUCUUCUUGAUCAGAUUUGUCAAGGAACCUCCCUGAAGAAGGUAGCAGCCGAGGAGAGAAGACCAAGCAGUUCAGAUGGUCGAAGUGGAUUGCUGAGUGAGAUCAGGAGUGGCAAGCAGUUGAAGAAGGUAUCAGAGACAGAUGGACCACCAAAAAAUUUGAAGUCUCCAUCCGGAGGUGGAGGGGGUGGAAUCUUAGGGGCCCUCCAAUUGGCACUGGAGCAAAGAGAAAAAGCCAUCCACUCUUCAGAGAGUGAAAGCGAAAGUGCAUCUGAGUUUGAAGACGACGAGGACGAGUGGAUGGACUAGGGACUAGCACAGGCCACAGUAUAUGAAGUGCUAAUUACGCAUAUUAAAGCGGGAAGACACUUGACUUUCGAAUAUAUAAGCGUAACAAUUUACUCUUUGUAUCUUAUAAGUAGAUGAAUGAUUUCUAGUGUAGUGUUUGAUCUCUGGUAUCAAUUGUGAUUGGAGAAGAUGGGCUCAUUUCUUACAUGCGUUGUGGGGGGUGCGGACGGGAGGGAAGAGGGGCGAGGGCGGACACGUGCACUUUUUGUGAUGUGUUUUUUCUCCCUCGUGCGUGUGUCGCCUGAUCAGUUCUGUCGCCUCGCCUACAGAAGUUUAGGACCGAUAAACGGCAAGUUGAACUUUAGUUGUCUAUUUUUCUGCUAUCUGUGUAUAAAUGUGAAAAUGAUGGAAUUUUUUGUGAGAAAGAAAUGUUCCAGUUUUCUGUUGAUUCCUUGAACGCAAUAAGAGGUAACUUUUUCCCAAGAGUUUGUAAACCUGUCGUAGCUUCCUUUAAGGCUUUCUCCCAGUUCUUCACGGUCAAUCGAUUCUGGUGACUUAACCAAGGAGAAUGGGAUGGAGAAAGUUCACUUUUUGAGAAGUAGGAGAGGGGAUAACCGUGGCGAAAGUUUUGGGCUUAGGUACAAGGAAAUCUGAUGAGGAAUGAUCCGAGGGCGUAUCAAUAAUGAUAUCGUAUGGAAAUGAUGUGCAAUUUUGAACGAAAUCGUGAUGAGGCUAGGGGAACUGGAUGAGGUGAAUUUUGUAACAAUUGUGAAAUGCUAAGAUUGUGUGUCGCCGUUGAGACAUGUUCAGGAACAGAAGACACACUUUAAUGUAUUCACCAUUUAGGUUAAACAAUAAAACGUGAUGGAAAGAUGAAA